UAGUACGAAAAACUAUUCUGAAGAAGGCGGGAAAAAAAAUACGGACUAUAGUUGAGCCGCGGCACAAAAAGAGGAGAGAGAAAAGGAGAGUGUGAAGUACGAAGAAGAAGCAAAUUUCAGCAAUUACAGAUUUUGUUUAUUUCAAAUGGGAAUUAAGGGUUUAACGAAGUUGCUGGCGGAUAAUGCACCCAAAUGCAUGAAAGAGCAGAAAUUUGAGAGCUAUUUUAAUCGGAAAAUCGCUAUUGAUGCUAGCAUGAGCAUCUAUCAAUUCCUUAUUGUGGUUGGGAGAACUGGAACUGAGAUGCUUACAAAUGAGGCUGGUGAAGUUACAAGUCACUUGCAGGGGAUGUUUUCACGGACCAUAAGGCUUCUUGAAGCUGGAAUUAAGCCUGUUUACGUCUUUGAUGGACCACCACCUGAUUUGAAGAAACAAGAACUUGCUAAACGUUAUGCCAAACGAGCUGAUGCCACUGAGGAUUUGACAGAGGCCAUUGAGAAAGGCGAUAAAGAUAGUAUUGAGAAGUUCAGUAAACGGACUGUGAAGGUGACGAAACAACACAAUGAUGACUGCAAAAAAUUACUAGGAUUAAUGGGAGUACCUGUGGUUGAGGCUCCUUCUGAAGCAGAGGCACAGUGUGCCGCACUUUGCAUAUCUGGAAAAGUUUAUGCUGUGGCUUCUGAAGAUAUGGAUUCUUUAACCUUUGGAGCUCCUAAAUUUCUCCGUCAUUUGAUGGAUCCAAGCUCAAAAAAAAUUCCAGUCAUGGAAUUUGAAACAGCUAAGGUCUUGGAGGAGCUUAGUCUUACAAUGGAUCAAUUCAUUGAUUUGUGCAUUCUUUCUGGAUGUGAUUACUGUGAGAGUAUUAAAGGUAUUGGUGGACUGACUGCAUUGAAGCUCAUUCGUCAGCAUGGAUCUAUUGAGAAUAUACUAGAAAACAUAAAUAAAGAGAGGUACCAAAUACCUGAAGAUUGGCCCUAUCAGGAGGCCAGACGGUUAUUUAAAGAGCCUCUAGUGCAUCCUGGAAACGAGGAGCCUGAGCUCAAGUGGAGCUCUCCUGAUGAGGAGGGUUUGGUGAACUUUUUAGUGAAGGAGAAUGGCUUUAAUAUCGAUAGAGUAACAAAGGCAAUUGAAAAAAUUAAGGCAGCUAAGAGCAAGUCAUCACAGGGACGGCUGGAGGCUUUCUUUAAGCCAACUGUGACUAAUUCUGUUCCAAUCAAAAGGAAGGAAACUGUGGAUUCUACCUCAAAGAAUACAUCAAACAAAAAGCAGAAGGCUGGUGGUAAGAAGAAAUAGAAUUCCUUCUGCAUGGAUUCAAAUUGCUGUAAUACCAAGACUGUCUUUCAUGGCAGGUUGUAUUCCAUUUGAGGCCACGUUUCCCCCCGGUUGUUAAUUUAGGACUCAGAAGGAUCAUUUGCAAAUGUAAAUGGAUAGUUGGCAAAAGUAUGCAGUAUUUUUCCUUCUUGUAUCUGCUGUUGAGUUAGGUGCUGCUUCAUGUUCAUGUAAACUUGAAUUAGCACUUAAACUUAUGUUGUAUGACGGAAUGAAUUAGCUGUUAAUGUCAUGUUGGUAUUUUAUCCUGGUGAAUUAGACUGAAUGCUCCCAGAUUGGCAAUUGCCAUUUUCCUUGCAAAGUUGCAAGCCAGACAUGAUAGAGACUAUAUGCUCCA